AAACAUCUCAAGCCAAUUAAUGUCAGUUUAGGGAGCUUACCAAACUUGAAUUUUUUUACUGAAUUUUUUAAUGUGGUGGGCAAGUUAACGACACCUUAGCACAAGAUUCGAAAACAGUCACGCUAGUUCCAUGGGUGAGAAAGUAGAUAAGGGGAAAAAAGAAAUGAGCUCAGAAAUCCAAGCUUCUAUCAUCCAGAUGCAACAUUCUUUUGGGGAUUUGAGAGCUAGCUCUUCUAGUACUGCAAUUCCUCCUGGUGCUCGUUGGAUUGAUGUGAUUGAAAAAGAGAAGGAGGAUUUUCAACCAUUUCUUAAGCACAAGCCAUUGCGUACCUGGGCUUUUGUCGUUGAAGAUGAAUGGGUUAAAGGGUCUAAAAUAUGGGAGAAUGCUUUUGUUGGGUAUGUUAUGGGUCUUAAACCUACUUUUAAGGAUAUGGCUAAUUUUGUGAACAAUAGGUGGAGGGAAUUCCAGGUGCCAAAGGUGUUUAUGUUGAGAAAUGGAGUUUUCUUGUAUGAUUUUGCUGAAGCAAAUGCAAAUUUAGGAAAGCUGGCAAGUUAUGUGGGAAUUCCUAUUGCUACUGAUGCUUUGACAACUAAAAGGCAAAGAGUGGCUUAUGCUCGUAUGCUAGUGGAGACAGAAAUAAAGGACACUCUACCUCGUGUAGUGCCUAUUAUUGGUCCUAAGGGAGUCUUGGGCAUGAAAAGAGGAACUGUAAUGCUAAGGCAAAAGAAGGUGUGGGUUCCUAAAAAAGCUAUAAUGGAGCAGCAAAGUAAAUUUAGACAUGCUGCUGGUAAGAUGAUAGUAGAAAGCAACGAGCAAUGUCUAGUACAACCAAAAGUGGGAGUUCUAAGACAAGGGAAUUUGCUGACUAAGAUUGGUACUAGCACUAGUGAUAAAGGAACGAUGCAAAAUGCAACAGGUGGAACAUCUUCUGUAAGUGAAGUUCUAUCAUGAUAUAUCUUUCUACAUGGAAUGUGAGGGGUUUGAAUGACCCUAUAAGACAAGUAGAUGUUAAGAAGUUUAUGCUUUCAAAUAAAAUUCAGUUUAUUAC